GCGAUAGUUGCAGAUCUGCCGCCUUCUCCGCAGCUUCCCCUGUCCCGGUGGUGCCCCCCUCCGUCUCCGCUGCCCGCGCCCCGGGCGCCCGCGGUGGUCGGGUGUCCACUGCUCACACGUGCGCUUCCCCGCUGCUCCGCCUGCCACACGUAAAAUGGCCCGCCCCCACUACCCGGCGCCUCCCUUUCUUCCCCCUCCCUCACCGCCACCGCACCCCCCCAACCGUCACUAACGGCAGCGGCACGGUUCACCCCGCGCGCGAGGGCGGCGCCGCCGAGGAUCCCGGGGGCGAGGGCGUAGCGGGACGCGGAGUGGCACCGGGUCGCGCGGGAUCGGCACGGGGGCGGCGCGCGCGGCGCCAUGGACGCGAAGAAGGUGCGGGCCGGCAUCGAAACUCCCCCUUAAUCGCGGUGUGUGCUCCGGUUGGCACGUGUCCGGAUUCCGGGGCGUGGAUUUGAUGGGCUCGGCCCCGUCCUCGUGGCCUGACCAGGGCUCGGACCAGGCGCCUUUCUUCACUGACUACGGCGAGGCGAGCCGGUACGAGGUCGCCGAGGUGGUUGGCAAGGGCAGCUACGGCGUGGUCGCCGCCGCCGUCGACACCCGCACCGGCGAGCGCGUCGCCAUCAAGAAGAUCAACGAUGUCUUCGAGCACAUCUCCGACGCUACCCGCAUCCUCCGCGAGAUCAAGCUGCUCCGCCUCCUUCGCCACCCGGACAUCGUCCAGAUCAAGCACAUCAUGCUCCCGCCCACGCGCCGCGAGUUCCGCGACAUCUACGUCGUCUUCGAGCUCAUGGAGUCCGACCUCCACCAGGUCAUCAAGGCCAACGACGACCUCACGGCUGAGCACCAUCAGCUCUUCCUAUACCAGCUGCUCCGCGGCAUGAAGUAUAUCCACGCCGCAAAUGUUUUUCACCGGGACCUCAAGCCCAAGAACAUUCUUGCCAACGGCGACUGCAAGCUCAAGAUUUGUGACUUUGGCCUUGCUCGGGUGUCUUUCAACGAUACGCCUUCAGCGAUAUUCUGGACGGAUUAUGUAGCCACAAGAUGGUACCGUGCUCCAGAAUUAUGUGGCUCAUUCUUUUCAAAGUAUACUCCUGCAAUUGAUAUCUGGAGCAUAGGAUGUAUAUUUGCUGAAAUGCUUGCAGGCAAGCCUCUGUUUCCUGGCAAGAAUGUGGUACAUCAAUUGGAUCUCAUGACAGAUCUACUUGGCACUCCUUCAUCAGAGUCAAUUUCCAGGAUUCGAAAUGAAAAGGCUCGUCGAUACUUAAGUAACAUGAGAAAAAAACAUCCAAUUCCUUUUACACAGAAGUUUCCUGGUAUAGACCCAAUGGCUCUUCAUUUGCUUGAGCGUCUACUUGCUUUUGAUCCAAAGGAUCGACCAACUGCUGCAGAGGCCUUGACAGAUCCAUACUUCACUGGAUUAGCAAAUUCUGAACGCGAGCCUAUAACACAGCCUAUCUCGAAACUUGAGUUUGAGUUUGAAAGAAGGAAGCUGGCCAGAGAUGAUGUUCGGGAAUUAAUUUAUAGAGAGAUUUUGGAGUACCACCCUCAGAUCUUGCAGCAGUUUCUUUGCGGUGGGGAUAAGUCAAACUUUGUGUAUCCAAGUGGGGUGGAUCGUUUCAAGAGGCAAUUUGCUCAUCUCGAAGAAAGUGCUGCUAAGGGUGAGAAGACUAGCCCACAGUUACGGCAGCAUGCUUCCCUACCAAGGGAAAGAGUAAAUGACAUCGGGGAUGGCCUUGAGAAGCCAAGUGCAGAUUACUGCAUAAGAUUGCAUGUGUGUGAGCAACCAGCAUCCGCAUCAGUUACAGAUGGCCUGAGCAAGCCACUAUCAAGUUCUCGUAACUUCCUGAAGAGCGAAAGCAUCAGUGCUUCCCAGUGUGUUGUCAUCAAACAAAAGCGAGACAAAGAUGAGGAAUCUAUAUCUGAGUAUAGGAACGAUGCAGUUGAUGGUGUGCCACAGAGGAUUGCUCAACUCAAAACCUGACAACCUUAAGGAACAGGCAAGAACAAUCUGUACAUCGACAUGUCCAUAGGGGAACUCCAGAAGGCAGAACUAUGAUCGAGAUUCGAUCAGUAGCCACGAUUCCUUUUUGAUGAUUGUGUUGUGUUGUAAUGUUUCCCCCUUCAUUCUUUCUCCUGGAGCUAGAAACAUUUGACCUGAGCUCCAGAUUUUCGUCAGAUGGAAUUGCUGUUCACCCGUGAUCUCAUUAGCUAGUGAAGUAUAGAUUAUUAGCCAGUAACUGAUCUCAGAGUCUGUAAUGUUUUCCAAUACAUGUUUGUAGCAAAUACUAAACUCAACAUAUACAUGAAUUUUACCUGCUUUUCGGUCC